AUGCCUUCGCUGUGUCGAAGUGACCGGCCUUCUGAUCGAUUAUCUUCAGCUGAAGUAUCCCGUAGACAAACUAAGAAGGCGAAGAAGAAAAAUACCAAGAAACGAAAUAAUGGAUCAGUGAUGAAAGAAAUAUCGGUAUUGGAGGAGGAAGAAGAGGGAAAAGACGCUGAGGAUGGCUUAACAGAAGGAGAAGUGGAAGAACAAAGCGGGAGUUUGUCAGAUUAUGAGGAUGAACUGGAUGGAUUAUUGAGGCAUCAAACCACAAUCGAUAAUUACUUCAAUCAAGGAAGGUUAAAACCUUGUCAUCGAAGUGAUCGUGCGCGGCGAAAAAAACGAAAACAGGGUGAGGAAGAUGGUGGAAACGGUCGUUGCAGUUCAGUUCAAUGUGAUUUACGCUUACUUUCAGAUUGGUUUGAAAAAUGUGAUGGUUAUCUUCCACGUGGUGUUAUUCGAGAAUAUACUAAUGCAGAACGUUUGUUUCCCCGUUGGUUAACGUAUUUGGCAGCUGGUUUUAAUCUGGUUAUCUUUGGGUUGGGUUCGAAACGGAAACUUGUGCAAAAUUUUUGUGAUAAACAAUUACAAGAUUACACAUAUAUUGUUGUUGAUGGUUUUCAACCAACGGUUAACUCACAUAUUAUAUUUCAGUGUUUGGAGAAAAAUCUUUCACUGAAAGUGGUUGUGACGACUAAAAAUCAACUGGAAUAUGCAAAUGCCAUUGGUCGUGCAAUAGAUAACAGAAAUGAAGAUGUUGUUCUUGUAUUACAUAACAUUGAUGGACCUGGAUUGAGGGCAACACUUGAACAGUGGGCUUUAGCCGAAUUUGCAAAAGCUAAACAUACUCAUAUCAUUGCUACUGUUGAUCAUGUCAAUAAAAGCUUGUUAUGGACCCAAAAGUUGUUAAAUGCAUUUAACUUUCUCUUCAUCAAUGUUAAUACCAUGCAAGCCUAUAAAGCUGAAGUAUUUGCUGGUUAUUCGAAACUACUAGGAUUGAAUCCGAAAGGUUCAGGAUAUAUGCAUACAUUUGCAUCUUUGGAUGUGGUCUGGAUGUCGUUGACAAAUAAUUCUCGCUCACUGCUUCAACUUAUUACCAGUUAUUAUUAUCGUAAAAAGAAACCAGUGGAGUUUUUCGAGCUUUUUCAUUUGGCUAGGGAUGAAUUCUUGGUUUCAACGGAUGCAGCAUUACGACAACAUCUUAACGAAUACAAUGAUCAUCGUCUCAUCCUGCGAAAGCGUCAUAGCGAUGGCAAUGAAUACAUAUCGAUAGCUGUGGAGGAAAGGACAAUGAUGGAAUUCAUGAAGGAAAAAGGAAUGAUUCUGGAUGAUGACGACAGUGAUUAA